AUGCUUGCCUCUCCCAUUCUUUUGCUGUCGUCCCUGGUGGCCGGCGCAUUCGGCGCGGCUCGGACCUCGCCCCCUUCCGGCGCCCUAGUCGUUGCAAAGUCCGGUGGCCAGUACACCUCCGUCCAAAAGGCCGUUGAUGCCGCCAAGUCCGGCAGCAUCAUUUUCAUCCAGCCGGGCAUCUACAAUGAGCAGGUCCUGAUCCCGGCCAACAAGGGCGCCCUCACCAUCUACGGCUCCACCACCGACGACCAGGAUUACUCCAAGAACCAGGUCACCAUCACCAACAGCCUCGGCGCCGAUAAGGCCGGCAGCAACGACGCCUCCGGGACCCUUCGAGCCAAGAACAACGGCCUCAAGGUCUACAACAUCAACAUCGUCAACUCGCGUGGCAAGGGCGUCCAAGCCAUCGCCCUCAGCGCCUACGGUAACCAGCAAGGCUACUACGGCAUCCAGGCCAAGGGCUACCAGGACACAGUCCUCUCUAACCAGGGCAACCACUACUUCCACGGCUCCUACAUCGAGGGCGCCACUGACUUCAUAUUCGGCCAGAAAGCCAUCGCUUGGUUUGAGUCCUGCACGCUCGCCAUCAGCGGAAAAGGCUACAUCACCGCCAGCGGUCGCGAUUCCGAGAGCAACCCGUCAUGGUACGUCAUCAAUAAGUCCACCGUUAAGGCCCUCUCCGGUGUUGGCGACGGCCAGACCUUCCUCGGCCGCCCCUGGCGCACGUUCGCCCGUGUUGUUUUCCAGAACACCGACCUUGGCUCCGUCGUGAACUCAGCCGGCUGGACCAAAUGGGGAAGCAACCCCACUAACAACGUCGUAUACCGCGAGUAUGCCAACACUGGCAAGGGCGCCAGCGGCACCCGUGCCAGCUUCUCCAAGAAGCUGACCGCUGCAGUCAAGAUCGGUGAUGUUCUCGGCUCUACCUCCUGGAUCGACUCCAAGUACACUGGCGGCAGCAAGGCUGCGAGCACCAGCUCCGAGUCUUCCACCGUGUCCCAGCCCGCUGUCGUUGCCGAGGCUGCUCCUUCCAAGUCCACCCCUACCACUCUGCAGACUAUUGUCAAGGCCUCCUCCACUCCUGCUCCCGCGGUCGCCGCGGCUGACGACUGCAGUGGUGUUGCUGACGGCUUUGCGUCUCUGAAUGGCGGCACCACUGGUGGCAAGGGCGGUGAGGUCGUUGUUGUCAAGACCCAGGCCGACCUCGAGAAGUACGCCAGCGCUUCUGGCAAGUACGUCAUCAAGGUAUCUGGCAAGAUCACCAUUACUCCCAAGGGCAAAGAAGUCAAGGUUUCUUCCGACAAGACCAUCGUUGGUAUCGGUGCUACUGCCGAGAUCGACCAGGGCGGUUUCAACCUCCAGAACCAGCGCAACGUCAUCUUCCGCAACAUCAGGAUUGGCAACACCUACGUUGAGGGUGAUGAGGAAGGCAAGACCCAGGACUUUGAUGGCAUUCAGCUGGAUAACUGCACCAACAUCUGGAUCGACCACGUUCACUUCGAGAAGGGCGGUGACGGCCUCCUCGACAGCCGCAAGGACACCACGUUCCUGACUGUCUCCUGGACCAUCUUCCGCAAUCACAACAAGGCCUUUGGCAUUGGCUGGACUGACAACGUCAACGCGCAAAUGACGAUUCACCACAACUUUUUCGACCAGACCAAACAGCGCAACCCCUCCGUGGACAAUGUGAAGCACGCCCACCUGUACAACAACGCGCUCGUCGGCCAGACCUCGUACGGCCACUACGCGCGCGGCAAGACCGAGAUGCGCAUGGAGAACUGCUACUUCGAGAAGGCCCGCAACCCCAUCCAAGCCGACGCCACCGCCAAGCUCAGCGCCACGGGCAACGUCUACAAGAGCACCACUGGUAGCACCGCCAAGAACGCCGGCACUGUCUUCGACCCCAAGACCUUCUACGACUACAAGCUCGACGCCGCUGCCGACGUGUACGGUAUUGUAUCUGAGGGUGCUGGGCGCCAGGCGAGCAUCUGCGCUGCUUGA